AUGUUAAAAACUACUGUGAGGGAAAUAGCGAGAGAUGAGGGCUUGCUGCGGGUUGCAAAUAAAAAAGAGAGCACAGGAAUGUGUUUUAUAGGGAAAAGAAGAUUUCAAGAUUUCAUAGAAGAUUUUAUUCAACCAAAGAAAGGUCUAUUCAUAGAUAUUGAUAAAGGACAGGUAGUAGGUGAGCAUGGAGGCAUACAUAAAUGGACAGUUGGACAAAGAUGCUGCUUAGCUAGUUAUAAACAACCAUAUUUUAUAUUUAAAAAGGAUUUAGCUACCAACAAUAUAUAUGUGGUGGCAGACCGUGAAAAAAUUUUAGAAGACUAUAGGAAAAACUAUUGUGAAACUUCUGGUGAUUUUAUAAGAAAAAUAGAGGAAUGGUCCAGGGAACACAAUUCUGAUGAAGAUGAGACACCAAAAAUGUGGUACAGAAGUUCCCCAGCUGAACUCUACUAUAAACCAGUGGAAGGAGGAGCAGGAGUUAUGCAAACCAAUAAACUAGAGAAACGCUGCAGUGUUUUCUUUAAAAAUCUAAUAGAAAGAGGAAGAAAUGCCAGGCCUGAGGUGGAUGAACUGCCUCCUUUAAAACCAUCCAAAAUAAAAAUAUGCAAACAUAGAUUGGAAGAAAGAAGCUCAUCAUCAUCAGAGAGUGAUGAAUGCUUAGAUGAUGAUGGUUUACAAGGAUACACAGACAGAAUAAUGCUUGAACUUCAAAGGAAACAGAGUCAUCCAAGGCGCCUUCAUCCCGAGAUGUGGUUCAACAAUACUGGGGAAAUGAAUGGUGGUCCAUUAUGCCGCUGUAGUGCAAGGGCACGCCGAUGUGGUAUGCGGCAUGGUGUUUAUGCAGGAGAAGAAACAUUCCCCAAGUGCAUACCAACACAGAGUAACAUUGACAAGCUCUACCAUUACAGAAUUACAGUUUCCCCACCAACAAACUUUUUGAUAAAGGCGCCGACGAUAAUAGCUCAUGAUGAACACGAAUUUCUUUUCUCCGGCUUCUCCAUGUUUUCUCACUAUAAAUUGGCAAAGCUACCUACAUGCAAAGUCAUAAGGUUCAAUAUCGAGUACACUAUUUUAUAUGUGGAAGAACCUGCUCCUCAAAAUUUCUCAAUACAGGAAUUGGACUUAUUUGAAGAAUAUCUGUUCUACGAACUGCUUGAGCUGGUGGACUUGGAUCUGGGUAAAGCGACGGAAACUUCGUGUUCGCAGUUCCAUUUCAUGCCGAGGUUUGUGCGCUACCUACCGGAAGGCGGAUGCGAGGUUUUGUCAAUGUGCGAGGUGAUGAAAUACCUCAUAGACGAAAGUGGUUUACUAACACCACCAGAGACUUUGGAGGAAGUGCACAAUAUGGACCAUUAUCGAUGGCAGAAAUUCGUCGACAGAAUCAAAGGCAUGAUUGUGACUUAUCCCGGUAAGAAGCCGUGUUCGGUGCGAGUCGACCAGUUGGACCGGAGUCCGCCCGUAAACUCUGCCGAUUCCAAAGACCCAAAGGAGACGAAAGCUUACUAUCCAGAGAUCGUCCAUUUCGGCAUCAGGCCCCCGCAGCUCAGCUAUGCAGGGAAUCCCGAGUACCAGAAGGCGUGGCGGUACUACGUGAAGUAUCGGCACCUGAUCGCCAACAUGGCGAAGCCCUCGUUCAAGGAGCGGCAGAAGCUCGCUGCCAAGGAGGCCAAGCUGCAGGAGAUGAGGACGCAGAGCAAGAUGAAGCGUGACGUCACCGUCGCCAUAUCGUCGGAGGGCUUCCACACCACGGGCCUCAUGUGCGACGUGGUCCAACACGCGAUGCUGAUACCGGUGCUAGUGCGCCACCUGCGCUUCCACAAGUCGCUGGACAGUUUGGAGAAGAAGAUGGGCUACGUGUUCAAGAAGCGGCUGCUGCUGCAGACAGCUCUGACGCACCCCUCGUAUAGAGAGAACUUCGGCACGAACCCCGACCACGCCAGGAACAGCCUCACCAACUGCGGCAUCAGGCAGCCGGAGUACGGCGACCGAAGGAUCCACUACACGAGGAAGAAGGGCAUUGUGACCCUAAUAAAUAUAAUGUCGCGCUUCGGCAAGCGCAGCGAGACGGAAUCGGAGAUAAAGCACAACGAGCGUCUUGAGUUCCUGGGCGACGCCGUGGUCGAGUUCAUAUCGUCCAUCCACCUGUUCCGCAUGUUCCCCGGCCUAGCAGAAGGCGGGCUGGCCACGUACAGGGCCUCAAUAGUCCAGAAUCAGCACCUCGCCCAACUAGCCAAGAACAUCGAAUUGGAGCAGUUCAUGUUGUACGCCCACGGCUCCGACCUCUGCCGCGAGGUGGUUAUGCGCCACGCGAUGGCCAAUUGCUUCGAGGCGCUAAUGGGCGCGCUAUUCCUUGACGCCGGACUUGAGGUAACGGAUAAAGUGUUCGCUUUAGCACUUUGGUACAACGAGCCAGAAUUGCUGGAGGUAUGGUCAAAGGAACGCUUGCAUCCACUCCAAGAACAGGAGCCACUUGGCGAUAGGAAGUAUAUAAAGGACUUUGAAUUUCUACAAAAACUGACCGACUUUGAAGAAUCUAUAGGCGUGCAGUUCAAGCACAUCCGUCUGCUGGCGCGCGCGUUCACCGACCGCUCUGUGGGCUUCACGCACCUCACGCUCGGCUCCAACCAGCGGCUGGAGUUCCUCGGCGACACGGUGCUGCAGCUGGUCGUCUCCGACCGGCUCUACCGCCACUUCCCGGACCACCACGAGGGCCAUCUGUCGUUGCUUCGCUCUUCGUUGGUGAACAAACGCACCCAGGCUAUGGUGUGCGAUGACCUGAACAUGUCAACGUAUGCGAUUUACAACAACCCAAAGGCGAAACCCACUACGAAGAAACACAAAGCCGACUUAUUGGAAGCCUUCCUCGGCGCUUUAUUCAUCGACAAGGUACUAGUGAACAAUCUUGAGUACUGCCAGGCGUUCUGCAACGCCUGCGUGUUCCCAAGACUGCAGGAGUUCAUCCUGAAUCAGGACUGGAACGAUCCAAAGUCAAAGCUGCAGCAGUGUUGCUUGACCUUAAGGUCUAUGGAGGGAGGCGAGCCAGAUAUACCUUUAUAUAAGGUGAUCGAGUGCUUGGGCCCGACGAACACGCGCGUCUACACGGUGGGCGUGUACUUCCGCGGCACGCGGCUGGCCGCCGCCAGGGGCCACUCCAUCCAGGAGGCGGAGAUGAACGCCGCCGAGCUGGCGCUGCACUCCGCGCACGAACUGUUCCCGCAACUGGACCACCAGAAGCGCGUGAUCGCGAAGAGCGUGAAGAAGAAGAGGAGCCGGCGCCGGGAGGGGCGGGGCGGGGCGGCGGCCUCGGCGGGCGCGAGCUCGGCGCGGAGCCGCCUCGAGGAGAGGGUCCCCAAGGCGUACCGGCUCAACAGGGCCAGCUCGGACGAGAGCAGCGCCGGGGCGGAGCGCUCUGAGAGCGAGCCCGCCGCCGGCGAGCGGUCCGACGACGACUCGGGCCUGGUCAGCGACACGGACUCGCUGGGCGCGCCCCGCGAGCGCCUCGAGCACCACGUGCGCGCGGGCAGCCUGCUCAGCGAGAUGGAGCGCACCAGGGAGCGGCUCAUCGAGCGCAACGAGUACGAGCGGCUCAAGGAGCGGUGCCGCGGCUCGGGCUCGGACGACGAC